GCAAUCCUUUCCCUGGGAAAGUGGGUGGCGAUGUUGUCAACGUGACUGUCAUCAAGCAGAGCCAGGGAGAGAACAGCAAAUCUAUCGGUGGAUUGUUUCAAGCGCAUUGCUCCUGAACAGUAGCAGGCACAGUUUACUUCUGAUUAUGUGGCUAUGAAAACAUAUCGUCUUUUUGGUGGAAAAAUAUGAAAACAUACAACUCUGUACCCUAUCAUCUUGGAAACCAUAGCUAGCUACUGUAUUUUUUAGAUUUCUCACCUUUUAGCCACGUAGCUUGCUAGCUAGCUGGCUAGCGACUGCUGGUAUCUCACACAGGUAGAAAGAGGGAUUGAUGACAAAAGAGGGGUAAGGUGGCGAGGUAACGAUGAAUCGGUUUCGAAAGUGGCUGUACAAGCCCAAGAGGACAGACCCCCAGCUCCUGGCCCAGUUCUACUAUGCUGACGAGGAGCUCAACCAGGUUGCCAUGGAGCUGGACAGCCUGGACGGCAGGAAGGAUCCUCAGAGAUGCACCCUGCUGGUCAACCAGUUCCGCUCCUGUCAGGACAAUGUGUUGAACAUUAUCAACCAGAUCAUGGAUGAGUGUAUCCCUGACGACAGAGCCAACAGAGACUUCUUGGUGAAGUUCCCGGAGGAGAUUCGCCAUGACAACCUGGCAGGGCAGCUGUGGUUCGGAGCCGAGUGUCUGGCUGCUGGCUCGAUCAUCAUGAACAGGGAGAUUGAGAGCAUGGCCAUGAGGCCGCUGGCGAAGGACCUGACCCGCAGCCUGGAGGAGGUGAGGAACAUCACGCGGGACCAGGCCCUGCGAGACCUCAACCUCUACACCGACCGCAUGCGGGACGCGCUGCGCCACUUCGAUAGCCUCUUCGCUGAGUUUGAGCUCAGCUAUGUGUCCGCCAUGGUGCCUGUGAAGUCUCCCAAAGAGUACUACGUCCAGCAGGAGGUCAUCGUGCUGUUCUGUGAGACCGUGGAGAGGUGGGUUCUGCCGGGUGGGGAGGGGGAGAACCUGGGUUCUGCCGGGUGGGGAGGAGGGGAGAACCUGGGUUCUGCCGGGGGAGGAGGAGGGGGAGAACCUGGGUUCUGCCGGGGGAGGAGGAGGGGGAGAACCUGGUUCUGCUGGGGAAGGAGGAGGGGGAGAACCUGGUUCUGCCGGGGGAGGAGGAGGGGGAGAACCUGGGUUCUGCCGGGGGAGGAGGAGGGGGAGAACCUGGGUUCUGCCGGGGGAGGAGGAGGGGAGAACCUGGUUCUGCCGGGGGAGGAGGAGGGGGAGAACCUGGUUCUGCCGGGGGAGGAGGAGGCGGAGAACCUGGUUCUGCCGGGGAAGGAGGAGGGGGAGAACCUGGGUUCUGCCAGGGGAGGAGGAGGGGAGAACCUGGUUCUGCCGGGGGAGGAGGAGGGGGAGAACCUGGUUCUGCCGGGGGAGGAGGAGGGGGAGAACCUGGGUUCUGCCGGGGAGGAGGAGGGGAGAACCUGGUUCUGCCGGGGGAGGAGGAGGGGAGAACCUGGGUUCUGCCGGGGGAGGAGGAGGGGAGAACCUGGUUCUGCCGGGGGAGGAGGAGGGGAGAACCUGGGUUCUGCCGGGGGAGGAGGAGGGGGAGAACCUGGUUCUGCCGGGGGAGGAGGGGGAGAAAGGAGCAUUCACAACGUUAACACAGAGAGCCUGGCGCAGACGGACCUGGCCCUGGAUGCGUCUCCGAGCCUGGGGGAGGAGGAGGAACAGGAGUUGACGGUGGACAAGGAGUGGGAGGACAUGGAGGCGGGGCCAGAGGAGCAGGGGCGGGGCCUGCUGUGCGAGGAGGCGGAGGAGGCGGACCUGGCCUGCUCCAUGCAGUACGACGAGGAGGAGCUGGAGCAGCUCAACAUGAUGGUGCACCGUGUGGGGGACGAGAUGUCCACGCUGCUGUCCCCCCCCAGCCAGGGCCAGUCCCCCGCCCACCGGCCACUCAGGGGAGGGGGCUCCAGCGGGGCCUCCAGCACCGAGGCCUCCCCCUGCAGGGCCCCCGGGGGCCGGGGCAGGGCCGGCCUGUUCCAGGAGGAGGAGGACAGGGUGUUCUUCAUGGAGGAUCUGGACGUGUUGACCGGACGUCUCACCUCACCAGCCAGAGUCCCCCAGCCCCCCUCCCCCUCUGAGCCCCCUGCCCCCCCCAAGGACCCCACCAGGAACGGCUGGCCCUCCACCCAAUCAGACGAGUUUCCUCCGCCGCCGCCGCAAAGCCACGCCCCUCAGUGCCCUGCCUCCAAGCCCCACCCCCUCUCCUCCACCCCCGAGCCCCUCCCCUACACCAGCGGCUAGGUGGGGCUGGAGGGGGCGGAGACGGCCGAGGUCAUCGCCAACCGCAUGGGCGGGAUGAAGCUGUCGGCCACGGUCAUCUUUAACCCCUGCUCUCCCAGCCUGACGGAGCUGGCGGGGGACAAGCUCCUGCUGCCCCGCCCCCCUCCCGCCUCGGAGGCGGAGCCCUGCGGCCCCCUGGUGGCCACGCACUGCCUGCUCAACUCCUGCGUGUGCUGCGGUAGCUGCUACGACGGCCACGACGACGUCCUCUCCAUGGACACCGCCGGCCUGGGGCUGGCCCUCGGCCUGGGAUUGGACAAACACUGCAAAGUCCCGCCCCUUGGUUCCGUCAUCCAAUCGUCUGCCUCCUGCCUGGCUCCCCCUGGGAGGGAGCCGGGGGGUAAGAGAGGAGACCCCGCCCAGCUGACGCCCCCCUCGCCCCGCUGCUCCCCAGAGCGCCCCCUGGUGGGGGAGCAGGAGGAGGGGGCUGAGUGCUGUGAGAAGUGCCUGGUGCUGGUGCCCCCGGGGCCCCCGCAGGAUCGGGGCCCAGCCGGGGGGCCCCCCGCACCCUGCAGCCACCAGUGGAGGACUGUGAGGAGGCCCCAGGCCAGCGGGGGCCGGGAGAGGCUGGGGACCAGGGACGUCGACAGGGACACCAAAGAGGAGAGCAAGAAGAACACUAGUUUCCAGGACUCUCCUCUCAGCUCAGUGUCCAGUAGUGACUGUGAGAGUGUGUCUGUCACCACAUGUAGUCUAACCAGCGGCUCAUACACACCAAGCCCAGUCAGCAGUCUGACCACCAGCUCGGGGAUGUCGGAGGAUCUGGACCACCAGGAGAUCCAGCUGGCUCUGCAGGCCGCCAAGAUGGCCGCCAGGAACAAGAUCCGCUCCCGCUUCCACAGCAGCAGUGACCUCAUCCACCGCCUGUUCGUCUGCAUCUCAGGUGUGGCUGACCAGCUGCAGACCAACUACGCCAGCGACCUCCGCAGCAUCCUGAAGACACUGUUCGAGGUCAUGGCGACCAAGUGUGAGCAGGGGGAGAGCGACAUGCAGAAGAGAGCGCCAGGCCUGUGCAGUGCUGGGCUGGAGGACUGCGCUCUCUGCCAGGAGACUGUCUCUUCGUCUGAGCUGGCUGCCAAGGCCCGCGAGGGCCAGUUUGAAGGUCAACCCCCAGACUGGGUUCCUGACGAGGCCUGCAACUCAUGCAUCGCCUGCAAGGCCCCCUUCACUGUCAUACGCAGAAAACACCACUGCAGAAGCUGUGGGAAGAUCUUCUGCUCUCGCUGCUCCUCCCACUCCGCCCCUCUGCCUCGCUACGGCCAGGUGAAGGCCGUCAGGGUGUGCACACACUGCUACAUGUUCCACGUCACGCCCUUCUACAGCGACAAGACCGGCGUCUGACCCCUGGAAACAGGACUAUCUCUCUCUCACACGCACACACACACGCACGCACACACACACACACCACCUCCACAUGAGCAUAUGCAAUGAAUGGAUCCUAUGCUGCAUACGGAGCCAGUACCCUCUUAUUGCGCCGACCGACCGAUUCUCUGCCAGGCCGAACGAGGACUUCCUGGAUGAGAGAGCAGAGAAACGCGACACAGAGACAAACCAACUCGGCCCAGACCCUUGUAGUUUGUUUGUUUUCGUGAUGCUGCUAAAAGGGAACAUGGCGCUGGUUCCGACAGUCCUGGUGUGACGUCUACAAUCCUCCAGGAAGGGAGAAGGAACUGAGGUUGUGAACCGCUACGUUAAUAUGCUACGUUGCUAUGCUACCUGAAGCACACCGCUAGGAGAGCGAGGCGCUGGACCGUUCGGGGUUUAUUGCUUGUGUAUAAAAGGUCUUGUGACAUAUUUUCCUAUGCUUUAGCGGGCUUCCCACACUUGUGCCAGAGCUCCCACGGGACUCAGAUUACCUAGAAGAAUGUAAGUCAUAAUAACCAUGUAAAUAAAGGUAAUUAUGUUGAUAAUAACGGUUAGCAUUGCACCACCGGUCUCUUGUUUGGCACAAUGGUUAAUAAACGUUGUUUUCUUUA